GUUACAGCUGUGUGGACUGCGAGGAUUGGGUUACAAUGGUACACUCUUCACUGAUUGAGAAAUCCACGUCUCAACCGCCCUCUCCCAUGAACUGGUGCUGAAAUCAUAUUGUAUGAUAUGCCGAGCUGGUAACAAGAUUUUGGAUUCCAAAUGGCAGAAGCUACAGUCUGUGUGCUGCUCUUAUUUUGCUCCCUGUUCUCAGGACUGGUGUAUUACUUUAACACUUUGUUUGAACACGGAGGCAAGAUCAAGAUAAAAGAAAGGCCAAAUUUUAUUGUUAUCCUAGCUGAUGAUAUUGGAUGGGGAGACCUUUGGAUAAAUGAGUUUGACAAUACUACCCCCUGGCUGAAUAUGUUAAAGUUGGAAGGCAAAAGGUUUACAGACUUCCACUCUCCAGCUUCCACAUGUGCCCCCUCACGUGCUGCACUACUGACUGGUAGACACGGCUUGCGCAACGGAGUCACUCACAAUUUUGCGAAGGGGUCUAUUGGAGGACUCCCACUUAAUGAGACAACAUUUGCUCAGCUCCUACAUGAUGCUGGCUAUUAUACUGCCAUGAUUGGAAAAUGGCAUCUUGGACACAAUGGUCCCUACCAUCCAAUCCACAGAGGUUUUGAAUAUUAUCUCGGUAUACCAUAUAGUAAUGAUAUGGGCUGCACUGACAAACCUGGCUUUGACUUGCCAAGUUGUCUCCCAUGUGAGCAAAGUAAACACAGCAGAAGAAAAUAUGGAGGAUGUGACACAAAAACAGCAUUACCUCUCUUUGAAAAUCAGAGUAUAGUUGAACAACCGCUGGAUCUUUGGGAUCUUACAGAAAAAUAUGCUAAAGCAGCAGCCACACAGAUUUUGACCGCAAGGAAUAGGGGGCAGCCUUUGCUCCUGUAUGUGGCUCUGGCCCAUAUGCAUGUUCCUCUGUUCCAUAAUCGCUUCCUGAACAUGACCGAAAAGGAUGCUUAUUCAGCCAGUCUUCGUGAUAUGGACAGUUUAGUGGGGAGUAUAAAACUUGCAGCUGAAGCCUUUAGUAUAAAUAACACACUUAUAUGGUUUACAGGUGAUAAUGGGCCAUGGGAGCAGAAAUGUGAGUUUGCAGGGACCACUGGCCCUUUCCUGGGGAAGUGGCAGACCAGUAGAGGUGGAGGAUCAGCCAAGAGGACCACCUGGGAAGGAGGCCAUCGGGUUCCAUCAGUGGUUGUUUGGCCGGGACACAUAUCACCUAAUACCACCAGCAGUGCUCUGCUAAGUGGCAUGGAUAUUUUUUCCACAAUCCUCUCCUUAGCUGGUGUUGACCCUCCUUCAGACCGACGUUAUGAUGGGAUUGAUGUAACACACAUCCUGCUCGAUGAGUCUGAUACAGGACAUAAGCGUCUCGCACAUCCAAACAGCGGGGCAGCAGGACAGAUUGGAGACCUACAGACUGUCAGAGUGGGACAUUACAAAGCUUUUUACAUUACAGGUGGUGCAGAAGCCUGCGGUGGAGGAAGUGGCAGCCAGGAGCUUCAUGAUCCCCCUUUGAUUUUUGACUUAAACAAGGAUGAAGCAGAAGAGUCACCUCUGGACCCAGCCAGCGUAGAGUAUCGGCUCAUCCUCAAGGAAGUGGAGAGAGAGCAUGAGGAGUUGCUAUGGGAUAUUGCCACAGAUAAUGUCUCUACUGCAGAUUACACUGUAUCCCAGAGUGCAGUCCCCUGCUGUCAACCACAGAACCCUGCCUGUCGAUGCCAUAGCCCAAGCUAAACCCAGUGACCAGAAGUUUAAAUCUGCUCCUCAUGAGUGGGAACGUCACUGCAAUAUAUAUAUAUAUAUAUAUUUUUUAACUGAUCUUUUUUAAAGUUUAUUUAGGGUUUUCUGAUAUCAGCACAUGGUCAAAAUUGUACAUACACCCACAUAGAUUAUUAAUUCACUAGUUUUUGAAAGUCCUAAAAUGUCUUUUAAUUUGCCAGGCUGAAAGCUUCUCAGGUUCCUGUUAGUAAUCAUGAUUGUCUACUGCUGGUAGAUCUCUGUGCCAAAAUUAAAAUGGUGUGUUUGACAGCAUUUAGUGACCAACACAUAGUACGAUGGAAAGGCCCAAGAAGCUCAGUGCACAUCUGGGAAAGAGGAUAGUAGGUUCCAAGAUCAACUCAGAUCAUUGUGUGUAAGUCUUCUAUUAAAGAUGCAUGUUGUUAAAUCAUUUAAACCCUGAAAAGAAACAAGUUUAACCACAGCUGUAAACGGUUUCAGUCUUCCAGAAAAGUUACAGCAAGGUAAAUUGUAAGAGGGCAAAAUACCCUUUUUUAAAUUUUUUUAACAAAAAAAACGUGGUGGUGCAUUUUACUGGCUUUAGUGCAUUUCAUUGGUUUUGUACAUGUACAGUGCAUCUAUAAAGUAUUCACAGUGCUUCGCUUUUUCCACAUUAUGUUACAGCCUUGUUCCAAAAAAAAUUCAUUAUUUUCCUCAAAACUAUACAGACAAUACCCCAUAAUGACAACAUAAAAAAGAACAACAAAAAGAGUCCUGAAAUUUCUUCUAUUUACAGAUGAUGGAGGCCACUGUGCUCAUUGGGACCUUCAAUGUUGCAGGAAAUUUUGAGCGUCAUGGCAAAGGCUGGGAAUACUUACUUACAUGUGUCUUUUUGGUUUUCGUUAAGAUUUCAAACAAACUUCUUUCACAAUGCCAUUAUAGGGUAUUUGUAGAAUUCUGAGAAAAAUAAUGAAUUUAAUCUAUUUUGGAAUAAGACUGUAACAUAGGAAAAUAUGGAAAAAAUGAAGCGCUAUGAAUACUUUCUGGAUGCACUGUACUUUGACUAAUUACAAUAAAGGCUACUCCGAUUUGAUCUGAUCUAGUGUUGCUACCUCUUAGUUCCAAGGUUCCAUUCUGUCAUUCAAUAUUUUUGGAAGUUUUCUUGUGUUUUUUGAGUUCUCGGUCUUGCCAUGUCCAAAACUCCAGGUCGCUGAAUAGGGCACAAUAAAUUACUACCAGGUAUGAAUGGGUAUGUGAACGCGGGUGGUGGCUUAAGAUGGGCUGAAUGCUCUGUCCAGUGCAAAUUCUCCCACCUUGGUCCCAGUGUUACCAGAAUAUGCUCUCAAUAAACCACACCCAAAAAAGUAUGACUUAUAUUAAUGUAUUUAAUUUUCAUAUUAUGCGGCAUUGUAUUAAAGUUAAAUAACCCAA